AUGGCUGCAUACCUCCGCCCUUCACUCAAGGUAGCCGGGGCCGCUGCCGCCGGAGCGAGUGUGGCCUACGUUGGCCACCAGUAUUGGAAUACCACCUCGUUCUUCUUCAGCACAGCACAUGCCGAGUCUCUGCCCUCAGACUCUCAGGCAGCCUUGAAGAAGGUGCAAUGGAAGGGAUUCACCGAGCUCAAGCUGCAAAGCGCCGAGAGCGUCAACCACAAUGUUCGACGACUGACUUUCGCGCUGCCCGACGAUCAAUCUAUCACUGGCCUUCCCCCUAUCACAUCCCUUCUCACCAGACAUACACCUGAAGGCGCAUGGGUUCCCGUCUUCAGACCUUACACGCCUAUUAGCGACAAUGAUCAAGCCGGCACCGUGACAUUCAUGGUCAAAAAAUACCCCAAUGGCAAGGGAUCCGGCAAGAUGCACUCCUUGAAGCCUGGAGAUACGCUCCUGUUCAAGCCGCUGCACGAGUUCGACUAUAAGCCCAACCAGUUCUCGGCGGUGACCUUAAUUGCCGGAGGCUCGGGUAUUACUCCCCUCUAUCAGCUGACCAGGGCCAUCCUCAACAACCCGGACGACAAGACCAAGAUUGCCCUCGUCUAUGCCAACAAUUCCGAAGAGGACAUUCUGCUGAAGAAUGAAUUCGACGAACUGGCCCAGAAGUAUCCCGGUCGCUUCACCCGACUCUACACCGUCAGCAAAACCACACCCCAAAACGAAGGCCUCUAUGAGAAGGGCUACGUGACCAAGGAGCUUCUGAGCAAAGUGAUCCCACCCAGAUCGACUGGAGGCCAAACCAAGGUGCUGGUCAGCGGCCCACCGCCCAUGGUUGAGAGUGUCGCUGGCGCCAAAGGUGGCUUUGGCUGGACCCAGGGUUCCCUCGGAGGCGUUCUGAAGGAGCUAGGGUACACGAAGGAAGAAGUGCAUAAGUUCUAG